AUGCGGUUUAAUUCUCAAGGAGGCAUUGGACUAUUUGUUAGGGAUUUUGCACGUACCUGCAUUGGAGUCCAAGGGGAGUACUUUGAUGGAGGAAUGAAGAAAGGAAUAGAAGUGGAGGAACUGGAGUGCAGAGCUAUGCUAGCAGCUGUUACUUUUGCAAGCAAUGGAAACUAUAAUAAAACAGUUUUUAAGAGUGAUAGUGAGGUAGUAGUUAAGUCAAUCAAUGAGCAAACAUCUUAUGUUCAUUGGAUGAAUAAGCAUUUUAUCUUAGACAUUAGAUACCUGUUAGGAAAAUUAGAUGAGUGGAAAUGUAUCUCUGUUAAAAGAGAUGCAAAUGGUGUUGCUGAUAAGCUAGCAAAGAAAGUUAGAACAUCUAAGUCAUCUUUUACAUAUCAAUCUGUUCUUCCUCAUGAUGUAAAAGAGUGGAUUGAUAUGGACUACAAUGUAAACUCUUAA